UUAGAGAGAGAGGAGGAGAGAGAGAACGAAUGAGAGAAGAGGCUCGCAGGCAGCGCCGUACACUGUUAUACUGGAUUGUACUUCAUCGGGAGUUUGCGGUUUGGCAGGUUUAUAUACAUCAAAACAGAACAAAGAGAGAGGCUCUACAGUGCUAUAAAAGAAGACAGAGAAAAGAAUAAAGCGAGGGAGAAAUCUCGGCGACUGAAUUACAAAAGAACUAAGGACACUCUGCUAAUGUUUUUCACAUCCAAAGGGGACAUUAACUGGGACUUUGUACAUUGUGGAGAAUUUGCAAGGCUUUUUGUUUUUUGCGUGCACCAAAAGUUUGUAUGGGACACCGCUUUUUUCCUCUAUAUUUGAAUUUUUAAUGCUUACAAUUUCAUCCCAGUGCAAAACUUUCUAAACGGACUGCACAUGGUUCCAAAGGGCUUUUGAAAACCUGGAAUUGUAUUCGCCGACUUCCAUGCACAACUGUUUGAACUAGAAUGUUGUAAAUACAUGCGGAUUUUAUUCAGUUUUCUGCCACCGUUUUUGAAGCUUUUUUUGCGUUUUUACGCGCGUCGAUGGUAUUGCCAAAAACCUACUCAUACUUUUAAAGUUUGAAUAAUUCAUGAGAUACAAUUUGCCUGCUCGAAAGAAGUGACUGUAAAAAGGGAGGGGGGUUAUCCACAAACAUAUUCAUAAGGGUUGACGGAAUGGCCACCGCGGCUUCCAAUCCUUAUCUGCCCAGCAAUAGUAUCUUAUCGUCCGGCUCCCUCGUGCACUCUGACUCUGGAGGUGGUGGCAUGCAGCCGGGCAGUGCUGCGGUUACCUCGGGGUCUGGGGUCUACAGGGGAGACCCCUCAGUCAAGAUGGUACAGAGUGACUUUAUGCAAGGCGCAAUGGCAGCGAGCAACGGGGGACACAUGCUGAGCCAUGCCCACCAGUGGGUGACAUCCCUCCCGCACGCCGCAGCGGCCGCAGCAGCAGCCGCGGUGGCUGCAGCGGAAGCCGGAUCCCCCUGGUCGUCGAGUCCCGUUGGGAUGACGGGCAGCCCACAGCAGCAGGACGUGAAAAACUCCGGCAGAGACGAUCUGCACACGGGCACCGCGCUGCACCACAGGCCCCCUCACUUAGCUCCCCAUCAGACUCACGCCGGCGCUUGGGGUAGCACGACUGCGGCGCAUAUUAACUCCAUAUCCGGGGGACAGCAGCAGCAACAGUCGCUGCUCUACUCGCAGCCGGGGGGCUUCACUGUGAACGGGAUGCUGAGUCCUGGGAGCCAGAGCCUGGUGCACCCGGGCUUGGUGAGGGGGGACACCCCGGAUCUGGACCACGGCAGCCACCACCACCACCAUCACCACCAGCAUCAGCAUCACCAGCACCACGGCGGCGUCAGCAGCCACGACCCGCACUCGGAUGACGACACGCCAACCUCGGACGACCUGGAGCAGUUCGCCAAGCAGUUCAAGCAGCGGAGGAUCAAACUGGGCUUUACGCAGGCGGACGUCGGCUUGGCUUUGGGCACCCUGUACGGGAACGUUUUCUCCCAGACGACCAUUUGCAGAUUCGAGGCUCUGCAGCUCAGCUUCAAGAACAUGUGCAAGCUCAAGCCUUUGUUGAACAAGUGGCUCGAGGAGGCCGACUCGUCCACCGGCAGCCCCACCAGCAUCGACAAGAUCGCGGCGCAGGGGAGGAAGCGAAAGAAGCGCACAUCCAUCGAAGUGAGCGUCAAAGGGGCUUUGGAGAGCCACUUCCUAAAAUGCCCCAAACCUUCGGCCCAGGAGAUCACCAGCCUGGCGGACAACUUGCAGCUGGAGAAAGAGGUGGUUAGAGUGUGGUUUUGCAAUAGGAGACAGAAGGAAAAACGGAUGACGCCCCCAGGAGUGGCGCAGACGCCGGAGGAUGUGUACUCUCAGGUCGGCAAUGGGCAUUUUUUAGUAGAUUACUUAAAAGAUGCAAGUGAAGCGAGCGACCAGAGGGUGACAACUACAAGUUCAUUCCACCAGGUAAUUUUGGCGCAUUAAAAACACCACCAAGAGGAAAACCAAGUAUUGUUUUUAUUCUUUUUUUCUC